UAUAUUUUCCAGAACUCCACUUGUGUGAUAACAGACUUGGGCUGAAGGGUGCCAAAGCGCUGUCAGCAAUGCUCGUGGAGAAUGUUACUUUACAAAAGGUAUACCUGUCUGGGAAUGACUUUGAUGAACGGGCAGCUCCCUGUUUUUCUGAUGCUCUAAUGAAUAACCAGAAGGUGGAAUGUAUGGACCUCAGCCAUAACAUGUUUGGAGAUGGUUCAGGUGAAAUUUUGGGAGCUGGCAUUGCUGAGAAUACAGGCAUGUUGGAGAUGAAUCUUAGCUGGAAUCAGUUUCGUGGGAAGGAAGCUGUCGCCAUCGCUAAAGGCUUGGGGGCAAAUAUUUUCCUAAGAGUGCUGGAUCUUUCAUACAAUGGAUUUGGCAAUGAUGGUGCUACUGCUUUAGGAGAAGCUUUG